AUGUGUUCCGCCGACAUCUUCCUCGGCCUCCUGGCCAUCCUGUUCCCGCCUCUACCAGUCUGGGUAAAGCGCGGCAUCUGCGGCGCCGACUCCAUCAUCAACAUCCUCCUCUGCCUUCUAGGCUACAUCCCCGGCCUCAUCCACGCCUGGUACAUCAUUGCCAAAUUCCCCGAACCAGACUACGAAUACGAUACCCUCCCGCAGCAGGACCGCGAGGGUGGCCGCGUCACCUACGUCUUUGUCCACGGCAAUGGCAACGGUAACGGGAACGGUCCUCACACCCAGCAGCCCCGUCAACAACCGCGCCCCUCGCAGCACAACGGCAAAGGUAACGGCGCAGUCGGCUACGGUACCACGAACAACAGCAACAACGCCGGAGGUUCCUCGAGACAGCAGCAGCAGCACCCCCAGCAGCAAGGCGGGGCUGGCGAGGGAAGCAGCGAUGGCGCUGUGCCACCUAGCUACGCUGAUGCUGUGGCUGGAGACAACAAGAUUCAGACUCGGGAUUAG